GGGUUUCUGGGGCUUGGAGACUGGGGGCCAGGGCUGGAGGUCAGGCCUGAGGAUGAGGCUGGUCCUGCUGAGCUGGGUUCUGCUGCUCUGGGUGUCCGCAACUCUCGCCGAGGUCCUGGUUCAACCUGACUUUGAUGCCAAAAAGGCAGGUCCCUGCUUCUCUGGCUUUUCAUUUGUCUCCCUGCUCCCUGGGCAAGGCAGUAUGGCUGCUGCUGUCAGGCCUGCUGGUCACUGAGCUGUCCUGCAGUUCUCGGGCCUCUGGUAUGUUGUCUCCAUGGUGUCUGACUGCAAGGUGUUCUUGGGCAAGAAGGAUCAUCUGCUGAUGUCCACCAGGGACAUCAAUGCCACCAAGGGGGGCUGUCUCAACGUCCACAUGGAAUUCCCACGGGCUGAUGGCUGUGCCCAGGUGGAUGCCACGUUCCUGAAGGUGGGCUCCGAGGGCCACUUCAGAGUUCCAGCCUUGGGCUACCUGGAUGUGCGUGUGGCGGACACGGACUAUGGCUCCUUUGCGGUGGUCUACAUCUACAAGGAGCUGGAGGGGGCUCUCAGCACCAUGGUGCAGCUCUACAGUCGGGCUCAGGAUGCCAUCCCCCAGGCUCUGAAGGCCUUCCAGGACUUCUACCCCACAGUGGGGCUCCAGGAUGACAUGAUGGUCAUGCUGCCCAAGUCAGAUGCUUGCUCCCCAUCUCAGGGGAGCACCUUGGCCACCCCGGAGUCCCAUCCCAGCCCUGCCGAGACAGGGGACAGGGGCGAGGCCACAGCAGCAAACCUCACCUCCCCAGGCGUGGACGUGCAGUGAGCCCACCGCCCUCGGGCCACCCAGAGCUGUCCCUCAUCCUCCCUCCCUGCCUCCCCUGAUCCGGGGCCUCUUCCCAC